UCUAUCUUGAACUUGUUUGCUAUAAAUGUAUAUAAAUCAGGCAUGAUGACAAUUUAAUAAGAACUUCAAGACCUGUUCAUCCCAUGGGAUCACCACUGUGACGUCUUUCGGGCAGCCUUCUGAUUGCUCAGCCCCAAGCACAAGCCUUAUAAAACGAGGGACUUUGAAAUGCUGGUCAGGUUGGAGUGCAGAGCUCUAGCAGGCAACAGCCAUCCAUUCCCCAGGACCAGGACAGACUGGUGGAGCCUUCUCCCGGCCAGGACUUUCAGCACCCUAGACAGCUCCUACUCUCCCUGAAAGCAGCCCAGCCUCAAGGAAACAGCCAAGGAGGCACCGAGAUGGAAGCCAGAAGCAAGCCCCAGUUCUUGGCGCUCCUGAUGCUCUUCAGUGUGCUGUCUUCUCGGUCCCUGGCCUGGCCUCUCUUUGGACCACCUUCUGCUGGGAGGUUGGAUGACAGGAUGCAGUUUGAAGGAGCAAGUGAUCCUGAUCAAGUCUCAUUAAAAGCAGACACUGACAUCUUGCAGAAUGCCUUAGCGGAAAACGACACACCCUAUUAUGAUGUAUCCAGAAACACCAGGCAUGCUGAUGGAGUUUUCACCAGCGACUACAGUAGACUUCUGGGUCAGAUCUCUGCCAAAAAAUACCUUGAGUCACUCAUUGGAAAACGAAUCAGCAGUAACAUCUCAGAAGACCCUGUGCCAAUCAAACGGCACUCGGAUGCAGUCUUCACGGAUAACUACACCCGCCUCAGGAAACAAAUGGCAGUAAAGAAAUACUUGAACUCCAUUCUGAAUGGAAAGAGGAGCAGUGAGGGAGGUUCUCCAGACUUCCCUGAAGAGCUAGAAAAAUGA